AGAAAAAAUAGCACACUUGUAUGCUGAGGCAGUACUUCAAUGGAAAAGGAAAAAAAAAUAGUAAGAAUUUCUGGAUAACCUGGUUUCUCAGACACUUAGCUUCCAUUUAUCUGCCAGUUCUGGAGGGUGCCAUAUAUACCUUCCAGUUUUAAGUUUUACCUAUGUUCACUUGCCAUUUUAAAAAAAACUUGUAUUAGGUUCAGGGUACAUGUGCCUGUUUGUUAUAUAGGUAAAUUGUGUGUCACGGCAGUUUGGUGUACAGAUUAUUUCUCCACCUAGGUAAAAAGCAUAGUACCCGAUAGAUGGUUUUUCAGUCCUCACUCUCCUCCCUUCCUCCACCCUCAAGUAGGCCCCAGAGUCUGCUGUUUCCUUUUUUGUGUCCAUAUGUACUCAAUGUUUUGCUCCCACUUGUGAGAACAUAUGAUAGUUGGCUUUCUGUUCCUAUGUUGGUUAACUUAGGAUAAUGGCAUCCAGCUCCACCCAUGCUGCUGUAAAGAACAUGAUCUUGUUCUUUUUUAUGGUUGCAUAGUAUUCCAUGGUGUAUAUGUACCACAUUUUCUUUAUUCAGUCUACUGUUGAUGGGCAUUUAGGGAAGAUUCCAUGUCUUUGCUAUUGUGAACAGUGCUGCAAUAAACAUGGGAGUGCGUUUUUUUUUACAGUAGAAUGAUUUAUAUUCCUUUGGAUAUAUACUCAAUAAUGAGAUUGCUGAGUCAAAUCAUAAUUAUGCUUUGUGUUCUUUGAGAAAUCACCAAACUGCUUUCUAUAAUGGCUGAAGUAAUUUACAUUCCCACCAGCAGUGUAUGUGUUGCUUUUCUCUGCAACCUUGCCAGCAUCUGUUGUUUUUUGACUUUUUAAUAAUAUUCAUUCUGACUGGUGUGAGAUGGUAUCUAAAUGUGGUUUUGAUUUGCAUUUCUGUAAUGACGAGUGAUGUUAAGCAUUUUUUAUAUGCUUGUUGGCCGCAUGUCUGUCUUCUUUUGAGAAGUGUCUGUUUAUGUCCUUUGCCUUUUUAAUGAGGUUUUUUGCUUAUUGAUUUUUAAAAUUCCUUAUAGAUUCUGGAUAUUAGACCUUUCUUGGAUUCAUAGUUUGAAAAUAUUUUCUCCCAUUCUGUAGACUGUCUGCUUACUCUGUUGAUAGUUUAUUUUGUGGUGCAGAAACUCUUUAAUUAGGUCCCAUUUGUCAAUUUUUGUUUUUGUUGCAAUUGCUUUUGGCAUCCUCAUGAUGAAAUUUUUGUCAGGUCCUAUGUCCAGAAUGGUAUUUCCUAGGUUACCUUCUAAGGUUUUUAGUUUUAGGUUUUACAUUUAAGUCUUUAAUCCAUUUUGAGUUGAGUUUUGUAUAUGGUAUAGGAAGGGGGUCCUGUUUCAUCUGUAUAUGGCUAGCUAGUUAUCCAAGCACCAUUUACUGAAUAGGGAGUCUUUUGCCCAUUGCUUGUUUUUAUCAACUUUGUUGAAGACCAGAUGGUUGUAGGUCAUUCUUAAACUGCUGGAUUAAAUAAGAGCACAUCAACUGAGUAUCCAAAGUUAUUUUUUAUAUCUCUUAUACAGAAUUUGAUUGGUCCACCUUUCAUCAUAUCACUACAGAAAUCAGAUCCAAGUUACCACAUGUGUUCAGUCAAAGGUUAUUAUACAGCAGUCAAAAUGAAUGAAUUACAUGCAACAUGUAUUAAGAACAUAUGAAUGCAGUUACAUGCAACAACAUGGAUUAAUACAGCAACAAAAUGUUGAAUAAAAAGGCAAGUUGAAGACUACAUGUAGUAUUAUAUCCUUUUUAGAAUAUUUAAAUGCAAGCAAAAUUAAACAAUGUUACUUAGACAUACUAUGUAUGUGAUAACACAAAUGUGCAAGAACAAAAUUCAGGACAAUGACUACCUCAGGGAGGACAGUACGAGAAGAAAAGGAGCACACAGAUCUAAAUCACUGGUAAUUUUCUAGUUCAGUGUUUCUCAAACUUUAAUGUGCAUCAGAAUCACCUUAAAAUCUAAAUUACUGGGCCCUACCCUCAGAGUUUUCUGGUUCAGUAGGUGGGGGAUGGGGCCUAAGAAUAUACAUAUGAACGAAGUUCCAGGUGCUGCUAGUUCUGCUGCUCUGGGGACCACACUCUGAAACCACUUGUAGUUCUUAGAUUGGGUUGUAGGUUCAUAGCUGCUCCAUUUUAGUAUUAAAUGUAUAUGCUACUUAAAUUAAAUUUAAAAAAAAGAUCAAAGAUGAGAGUGUGUUUUGAACUAGGGAUUAACAUUAAUUCAAUUCUGGGCUCCUGAGGUUUCCUCCCCUAAAAAAAAUUCUAAGGUUCCAUUACUAAAAGCAAACUUGAGAAACACUAUUUUAAAAGAACUUCAAGACCAUUAAAAAAAUUAACUUUUUGAGAAAUAAAUUUGAAAAUUAUUCUUUAUAUGCACAGUGACAGCAUAUUGCACUCUACUUUCCUGGAUCUCAAUAAACUUUGGCAAGAACUUGGCAGAUCACAAAUCUACUUUUGUUGAUUCAACAAAAACUGUUUAAAGACUUCUCUUCCAUUCUCAGUUCGUAUCCUUCUCUCAAAAUGCUGUAGGUAAUGAUUUUUCAUCUUUUUUCUCUCUCCCUCCCUUACAGAUUGAUUUAGGCUCUGAGAUAAAAUUUAGGUGACAUUUUAGAUAUCGACAGGGCAUGUGCAGAGCCAUACUCUGUCUUGCAGUAUGCCAGCCACGGACGGGGUUUAGACAAACGGCUGAAUAUAAAACUCUUGCCUACAAGCAGCUCAGCCUAGAGGGGGAAACAGAUUCAUAAAUAUAAAAUUACAAUCCAAAGCAGGAAACACAGUAUGUUAUACGAAGGCAAAGAGGUUCGUCUUCUUUCAUAGCCUCUCCUAAACCCGGCAACUCUGAGUUGUUUUUCUGGCAAGCCGCCGUCCCUUGGCGGCCUCUGGCGCCGCGGCUUUCGGCGUGCGGACGGCGCAGGCGCGGGCGGGGCGGGUCCGGGCGGGGAGGGCGGUGAGGGCCGGCGCUCGGGGCCGCGUUUCAUUGGCUUUCCGGCCGGAAGCUGCGGCGCGACCGGGCUGCGCAUGCGCCUCUCACACGUGCUGUCAGAACGCCGCCGCCUCCGCUUGCGGCCGGUCUGCACCAUGCUGCGAACGUCCGUCUUCCGGUUGCUAGGACGCACGGGGGCUAGUAGGCUGUCUCUCCUGGAGGACUUCGGCCCACGCUACUACAGUUCGGGCUCCCUCAGUGCCGGCGAUGAUGCUUGUGAUGCGCGCACCUACUUCACUACACCCAUUUUCUACGUGAACGCGGCGCCGCACAUCGGGCACCUGUACUCGGCACUACUGGCGGACGCCCUAUGCCGCCACCGUCGCCUCCGAGGUCCCAGCACGGCCGCCACGCGAUUCUCCACUGGUACCGACGAGCACGGGCUGAAGAUUCAGCAGGCAGCAGCUACCGCGGGCCUGGCCCCGACCGAGCUGUGCGACCGAGUCUCUGAGCAGUUCCAGCAGCUUUUCCAGGAGGCCGGUAUCUCCUGCACAGAUUUCAUCCGCACCACGGAGGCCCGGCACCGGGUGGCUGUGCAGCACUUCUGGGGGGUGCUUAAGUCCCGCGGUCUGCUCUACAAGGGCGUCUAUGAAGGUUGGUAUUGCGCUUCCGACGAGUGCUUCCUGCCUGAGGCCAAGGUCACCCAGCAGCCGGGCCCAUCGGGGGAUUCGUUUCCUGUAUCUCUCGAGAGCGGGCAUCCAGUCUCCUGGACCAAGGAAGAAAACUACAUUUUCAGGCUUUCCCAGUUCCGGAAGCCACUCCAGCGGUGGCUGCGGGGCAACCCUCAGGCGAUCACCCCCGAACCAUUUCAUCACGUAGUUCUUCAGUGGCUGGACGAGGAGCUGCCCGACCUGUCCGUGUCUCGCAGAAGUAGCCACUUGCACUGGGGCAUUCCGGUGCCCGGGGAUGAUUCGCAGACCAUCUAUGUAUGGCUGGAUGCCCUGGUCAACUACCUCACUGUAAUUGGCUACCCAAAUGCUGAGUUCAAAUCUUGGUGGCCGGCCACCUCUCAUAUCAUAGGUAAGGACAUUCUCAAAUUCCAUGCCAUCUAUUGGCCUGCCUUCCUGUUAGGGGCCGGCAUGAGCCCGCCACAGCGCAUCUAUGUCCAUUCCCACUGGACAGUCUGUGGCCAAAAGAUGUCCAAGAGCUUGGGCAACGUGGUGGAUCCUAGGACUUGCCUUAACCGCUAUACCGUGGAUGGCUUCCGCUACUUUCUUCUUCGGCAGGGCGUCCCCAACUGGGACUGUGACUACUAUGAUGAAAAGGUGGUUAAGUUGCUGAACUCCGAGCUGGCAGAUGCCUUGGGAGGUCUCUUGAACCGAUGCACUGCCAAAAGAAUAAAUCCUUCUGAGACCUACCCAGCCUUCUGCACUACCUGCUUCCCUAGUGAGCCAGGGUUGGUGGGGCCGUCAGUUCGUGCUCAGGCAGAGGAUUAUGCUCUGGUGAGCGCAGUGGCCACUUUGCCAAAGCAGGUAGCAGACCACUAUGAUAACUUUCAGAUAUAUAAGGCUCUGGAGGCCGUGUCCAGCUGUGUCCGGCAAACUAAUGGUUUUGUCCAAAGGCAUGCACCAUGGAAGCUGAACUGGGAGAGCCCAGUGGAUGCUCCCUGGCUGGGUACUGUGCUUCAUGUGGCCUUGGAAUGUUUGCGAGUCUUUGGGACUUUGCUGCAGCCUGUCACCCCAAGCCUAGCUGACAAGCUGCUGUCCAGGCUGGGGGUCUCUGCCUCAGAGAGGAGUCUUGGAGAGCUCUAUUUCUUGCCUCGAUUCUAUGGACAUCCAUGCCCUUUUGAAGGGAGGAGGCUGGGACCUGAAACUGGGCUUUUGUUUCCAAGACUAGACCAGUCCAGGACUUGGCUGGUGAAAGCCCACCGGACCUAGAAACUCAGUUCUUACCGGCUUGUGGUAAAAAAGCAAAUGUGUUAUUUUUUUAUUUUUUAUUUUCAGGAAAGUUAUACUAGUAUUUUCUUAAGUGUGGAAUCAAAUGAGCACAUAAGCUGUGUCCCUGUGAAAAGAGGUGAUGGUGAAAGGAGGAACUGACCAAUGCUUCAGGAAUCUCAAACUGGAUUUAGGAAUCUCUCUAAGGCUCCAUAAGAGAACAUCACAGAGAAGAUGUUAGCAAUUUAUACAGUGACUACAACAUAGAAGUUUGAAGAGGAUUGGUUAACUCUUAUCAAGAGGAACACACCAAAUUUGGAGGUUAAUAACAGUUAACAACCAAGUUAAUUAAGGUUAAUGGGAAUUUUAACCUUUUAGGAAGAGUAUCUUAUUCUUUCUGGAGACAGGACAGGAGAAGCCCUGGUUAAACUUCCUUCCUAUGUCACCAAUAACUACUUUGAGCAGAGGGGAAGGGACUAACCAAUUUAGAGGUGAAAUUAGCUGCUUCUCUUUAGUAGGUAGUCUUGGGUUAUCCAGAAUAGAUCCUCUGAAUUAAAGGAACUACCUAGCAGGAAACAGUUGGCCAUAUUUAAAUAGUUUGUUUAGGAUUGUAUCACAUUAAUUUCCACUUUUCACGAUGAGGGAAGGGAACUAGAAGGAACUACACACCAACAAGAUCUUCCUAUGGCCCCGACAACUAGAAAUAAUAUAUCCUCUACCAUGCCUCUUCUGAUGAGUACCACUUGGGAGGUUCAGCCAUACUUGGAUGUUCACCAAGGUAAGCAAGGCAUAGUACAUAUGUUUCAUCCUUGGCCUUGAGCUGAAUUGUACCCCCUUAGCUAAUGGCACAGUUUGCUCACCAUGGAUUUUAAAGUCCACUGCUCCUCACUUAAGAACAGGAUGGUGAGAUGUCAAGAUGUUUCAGGAAACCAAGUGUGCCAUCUGCAAGAAGAAAAUUAUAGCUCCAAGGAGAGAUGAGCCCUGCCCUUGAGUCACUUCUGGAUGAAACAUCUGCAGAGGGCCUGACUCACUGGGGAAGCUGAAGGGACAGACCCAGGAAUAACUAUGGAAAUGGAGGAUGCCUUUCUUAGAUUAUGAUGUGGGAGAAAUGGUACUAACACCUCUGUGCUACUGCUAUUAAGGCCAUGCCUUGUACAUGUACCCCUCAUUAGUUGAGAAUCAAUUGUUUAUGGGAUUUAACAUGAUGAUGAAGCUUCAAAAACUAGAUAAUGAUUGUUAUAGGUUGGUAUCAUAUUAUUCUUUUAAUACAUUCCAUAAAGAUAUGACCAAUUACACAUUUUUUCCUGAUUGUAUAUUUUUGGAACACAUUAAAUAAAAUAGCUUCAGUAGUUUGGCUUCCUUUGAAACCAGUCUAGAAGCUUCUAUUGGUUAAAAAGCUAUAGAUAAUAAAAAUAUAAAGUUAAUAAACAUGGUAUACAUCUUAGAUUAAUCACAAAAUAAUACAAAUGGAAUGUAUUUCUUUCAAGCCAGAUGAAAAGAGAAGUGAAAGAAAACAAUCCAACAGAAGCCAGGAAGGAACAAUGCAAUAGAAGACAGGUAGGAGAAAAAAGAGGCAAAGAAAAAGGAAAAAUAUUGUAAAUAGAAAGCCCAAAAUAAAGGCAGAAAUAAAUACAAAUAUGUCAGUAAUUGUAAUAAAAUAAAACUUCAUGAGUCUUCUGUCAAAAGACAAAACUAUUCAAAAUUAAAUUUAAAAAGCAAUAUAUGUAGUUAAAAGGGAUAUACUUAAACAUAGAAGAAACUAAGACAUACGAAGAAACACUAGGCAUAUAUUAACCAAAAGAAAGCUGGUGUAGCAAUAUUAAUAUUACAUAAUCUAUACUAGGGGGAAACCAUUACUAAAAAGGUGGAAUUUAAUAUAAAAGGAGUAAUGCACCAAGUUACAAUUAUAAACUUGUAUGACCUAACCACAUAGCCUCAAAAUGUAAAAAGCUAAGAUUGAAAAUUACAAGAAAUGUUCAAGUCUCU